AUGACUGACAUGAAAACCUCAGUGACCUCCGAGUCAGCCCAAGGCACGUUAACAUCCAAUUUAGAGCUCGAUGAACAGGCUCCACCUUCAUUCGGGCACGCUAUGCACAAGUUAUUCGAGUUUGACCCAUCUUAUGUGAACUUUAACCAUGGUUCGUAUGGUUCAUUACCCAUGCCAGUCAGAGUUGCGUGCGAUAAGCUCAGCGCUCGCAUUGAAGCUAACCCAGACAAAUUCUUGCGCAUCGAGUGCGUUCACCACUGGAUCGAGGCUCGUACUCGAGUGGCCAAGCUCAUAGGGGCAAACACCGACGAGUGUGUUUUGGUGCCUAAUACAUUACAUGGCAUAAACACAAUUCUCCGCAACUUCGAGUGGCAUGAAGGGGAUAUCAUCAUUGAGACAACCACAACUUAUAAUGCCGUGUCCCGAGCGAUUAGGCAUCUCGGAGAUAUCCCGCCAUAUCCACAAGUAUCCACACUCAAUCUUCAGUUCCCUACCACACACGCGGAUAUACUGGAAAACUGGCGAGAACAUAUCCGCCGAGUGACUUCGGAAAAGAGCGAGACUCGCAAGGUUGUCGCAUUAAUAGACGCCAUCGCGGCCAACCCCGGUGUACGUCUUCCUUGGAAAGAAAUGGUAGCCAUUUGCAGAGAUGCAGGUGUUUGGUCAGUGGUGGAUGCUGCGCAUUCAAUUGGCCAGGAAUUGGAUCUCAACUUGUCGGAGGCGAAGCCUGAUUUUUGGGUAUCGACUUGUCACAAAUGGCUCUUUGCAAAGAGAAGUUGCGCAAUCCUUUAUGUUCCAGAACGGUAUGUUUCAACCUUCCAGAAGCAUAAUAUCGAUCGAUAUACAAUGGGAUGGGCUAGAAAUCAACAUGUUAUCAAAUCUUGUAUACCUACUCCACGCAAUUAUUGCUCACCUCGAGACGAGGGUUACAAGGGCCCACAAAGUUUCGUGAAUCUUUUUGAACGGAACGGGACCAUAGAUUAUGUUCCAUUCCUGAGCGUGAACGCAGCCUUGGACUUCAGGCAGUGGCUCGGCGGCGAGCACAAGAUCAACGAAUACACUCACAAUCUCGCAAUCGCAGGUGGAAAGCAUCUGGCAAGUCUCCUAGAAACUAGCGUCAUGGACCCUUACGGUGACUUGACUCUAAACAUGGUCAACGUGGAACUGCCCAUUCCUGGCGACAUCAAAUAUUCGAAUGAAAUCAACAAGCUGCUGAUAAAUACGUUGUUGGUCGAGUGGAAUGUGUAUGCUGUUCCUUACUAUCACAAUGGAAAAUGGUGGACAAGGUGUAGCGUGCAGAUAUGGAACGAGAUUUCAGACUUCGAAGUUCUCGCCGAUGCUUUCAAAGACGCGUGCCAGAGAGUAGUGGAGUUUGCAAAGUAAUAGAUACUUAAGUGCUCGAUGUACGAAAUAUUUCGAGAUUGAACGUGGUGCCAAGAAGAUCUACAUGCUGAC